UUCCCCCAUAUCCCCCCAGUUUUUGCCUCCAACCCAAGCCUCCUCCUCCUCCUCUCUCUCCACUCUCCUCACUCCCUCUCCGGCUCUCCCUCACCUGCUCACCGCAGUGCACACCACACCAUCCAGCGAACGGAGCCACUCCUCCAAGACUCACUCACUCUCUCUCUCUCUCUCUCUUCAUGGCUCCCCGUCGAGGCAUCCCACUCGAGGAGAUUGGAGUUGGAGGCAUGGCACAAGCAGAAAAGCAGCGCUGGUGCAAGCUCUGCAACAAGAGCUUCCCUUCAUAUUGUUCACUUGGAGGCCACAUGAACCUCCACAGCACCAGGCGCAGGAAGAAGAAGCCGCCGCCGAGCCCGAGAAAGGCUCCACCGAUCACUGGUGCCUCCGGCAGCAGGUACGAUUUCCGGGAGCGGUGCCGCCAGAGGCCGGUGGCGCCGCAGAGCCAGCCGGAUCACGCCUCCAGCGACGACGAGCCAUGGACGCUGGCCCCCAAGGCCGAAUGCCAGCUGUGCUUCAAGGCUUUCCACUCCUGCGACGCGCUGUCGAUGCACAUGAAGGCGCAUGGCCACCAUGGGAGGAAGAUGGUGAUGGUGGAGCAGAGGGCAUCGAGAAAGACUUCUUCUGCUAAUUUCUGCGGUGUUGAUGAUGGUGACCAUGGUUUUGCUGCUGUAUCUUAUGCUCACUGUAAGAGAGCGAGGUCGAAGAGGAUCCGCAUGGACGUUUUCCCUGCCCCGGUAGUGGUGGUGACACAUGGGACACAGGUGGAGGAUGCUGCCUGCAUUCUUGUGAUGCUUUCAAAAGAUGCUUACAAGGGCUCAGAUUCUCUGGAUGAAGAUCCUCAGAUGGAUGGAAGCUUGGAAUGCGGUCCGCAGAAGACUGAGAUGGAGCCGAGUUCUUAUCGUCUUGGUGUAACUGGUGAUACUGAGCUGAUAAAGCCAGAAAAUUCAAGUUCUUAUGAGGAGAUCAAGUUUGGCAGUCUUUCAAAUGUGUUGAAGGCAACAGCUAUCCAUGAGUGCAGGCUCUGCGGCAAGGUCUUGGCAUCUGGAUCUGCAUUGGGAGGCCACAUGAAGUCCCACAGUGUUCCUGCUCAUAAAAAGGUUGCAACAUUUCCCAAAACUUCUGUGACUCCAUCAAGAAAACAGCUGCUUGAAGUGCAAAAUGAGUUGCAUGAACUCAACCUUCCAGCUCUCAGUAACAGGGACUGCAGCAGUACAAGGACAGAGUCUGAACUGAACCCAUGGUGGGUUGCAAGCAGCAUUCAGAGUGAGCGAAUGAUGGGUGUUGUCUGAAAUGUGUACAGUUUCUGCACCAGUCAAGGGGCAGCAACAACAUUUUGGUUACUAAUAGAUAGUUGAAGAAUCAAGAAUAUGAUACCACCAAUGCUCUCUUUACAUUGACUUUGCAAAACUAGUUUUUAGAAUCUGAUGCCCUGUUUCGGUAUACUGACGUGCUUCUGUUUGCAGUGUGGGAUGUGAUUCAAGUUUUAGUUGUUCCCAAUGGGAGAGCUGUCCUAUUCAGGUUGUUGUAGUUAACUUUUAUUUUUUGCCACAUGCUUCUGUAGCAGUUGCUAUUGUUCCCAAACUGGUUCAGCCCAUUGCUUAUUUUUAGCUAUAUUUUGGUUCACCUUGUA